AUGGAAGAGGAGGAGCAUGUGAAGCUGGAGCCGGCGCCGAAGCCCAAGAAGAUCGAGCGCACCGCGUUUGGGCUGGCGCUGUACGCCCUCAGCAGCUGUUUUCUGGCCACCAUGCUCAUGUUCGCCAAGAAGCUCGGUCAGUGGGGGAUACCCACGUUUGAGAUCCUGUUGGCGCGCAGCGGCUUCCUAGUGGUCUUUGCUCUGGUGGGCUGCGCAGUGCAGCGCCAGAAUCCUCUGGGAAAGAGGCGCGGCUUGUUGCUGAUUAGAGGCAUAUUCGGUUUCGGUGCGAUCGGCAACUACCUUUUCGCGGUGUCACUGCUGCCGCUGAAUGACACUCUCGUGCUCACAUUCACUGCGCCCAUCUGGGCUGCAGUCCUGGGGCCGUUCCUCAUCAAGGAACAGCCAACCAAGGCGGUGGGGAUUGCGAUUCUGCUGUGCUUUGGCGGAGUGGCGCUCAUAACGCAGCCCAGCUUUCUGGGAUUCCCCAACACCGGCCGCAUCACUGCGCUGGGAGCAUUCUUCGCCCUGUUCCAGGCACACCCUCUGUUUUGCCACUUGACAUCAUUUUACACUUUGGCGCUGUGCAGCGCGUGCGCGAAGAUGUGCGUGCGGGAGCUGCGAGCGGAGCACCCCAACGUGUCGGUCUUUUACAUGGCAUGGGUGUCUCUGGUGGCAGCGCUCAUCGGCUGCUUCCUGCCAAAAGCUUGGGGCGCCACAGACUCAUUCCGCAUCCCUGGCCACUGGGCUCAGUGGGUGCUGCUUGUGGGCAUUGGCAUCACGAGCUACGGGAGCCAGUUCUGCAUGACUAACGCGCUGCGCCACGCGCGCGCUGCUCCCGCCCUCGCAAUGUCAUACAUCUCAAUCGUGCUCACAAUCACCUACGGCUACUUCCUUUUUGAAGAGAUCCCGACAGUGCUCUCCAUCACGGGGGCGGUGCUCAUCUGCAUAUCCACAUUUUCGCUGGGGGCAUUUGAGAAGACCCACCCGACGCAAUCAAACUCCCCAGACCCCUCGGUCCGCAGUGGGCAGGCCAUGAGCAGUGACGGCCUCGGAAGCUACACGCAGCUGCCGAGCGCUGAUCAGGCGGCGCCUGUUGAGACGCGGUCCUGA